ACAUACACAGACAUGUACAUACACACACAAAAACAUGUACACACGCACAGAGACACAUGUACACAGACACAUGUACGUACAUACAUACACAGACACAUGUACGUACAUACAUACACACACACACACACACACACGUACAUACACGAAGACACAUGUACAGAUACACACAGACACAUGUACAAUUGCACAUGCAUACACAGACACACACAUGUACAUGUACACACACAACCCUAUAAAAAGUUGCAGAACUUCGUUGUUCACUCACAGAUCUUGGUACUGCACUAUAGGGGGAGGCAGAGAGCACAGCACACUCUCCUUCCUUUGCUUUCACUGCGCUCAGCUAUUGAGCAGUCCGACGGCUCCCAGUGCCAAAGACAGAUCCGGCCUGAGCUCCGAGCCUGCUCAGCAAGAUGGCCUUGGAGGACACACUUACCCCCACCAUAAUUUCCACUUGCCAUUGGCGAGCUGGCGAGUGGAAAUUUCAAGCCCUGAU